AUGACACUAUGGCCGGUUACAGGUGAGGGUUUCCUCACUUGUGGUGUGAUCUAUAUAAGCCAUACUUAUACCAUUCACUCUUUAGGGUUUGAGCCUCUUAAGAAAUUAGGUGUGGUGUUAAGAGAUGAAAGAUCCACUCUCUACCAUGAGCCAAAAUCGACCACCAAGAAGAGAGAAUCUAUCAAGCAAGCACAAGGAAUAAGGUCUUUCAUUAAAGGUGAUAACUUGGAUGCCAUCCAAUCGAUCUUUAAGCCUAAAAUCCAGGGAUUUGAAAAUUUAAGUACAUGUUUCCUUCAAAGGAAAAGACAAGCGAGGAGAAUAAUGGAGGCCAUAGAAGUUGGGAUGGUGAAGAGGCCUAGAGCCAAAAGGGAAGAGAUUGAGAAAAUUAGGAAAUUGAAUUGGGCUUUGGAAGAGAAGGUCAAAUCGCUGUGUAUAAAGAAUCAUGUUUUGCUCACUCCAAGGUGA